AUGGUGCCCGUUGAAAAUAAUCGCGAAUUGCCCAUUUUUAUUGACCCCAUCGACGACCUACAAAAUGACCCAUGCUUCAAUAAGUCCUCGGAUGAUACGGUUAAAAUGUUUAAUGAAAAAAUACCCGAUUUUAACCCUCAUGGUGCCGAUCAAAAGUACGUGUGUUGCGUUGAUUGGGUAUCGCACGACUGUCUGAUUGCAUCUAGCAAGAUACACUGUACAUCCACCGAAGCGGCUACACUUAAUGCCCUGGCUGAUAAAGUAAUUGCCCUGCUUGAGGCUGGUGAAUGUAAGGCUAAUAAAUACAUCAAAGAUCUACCUACAUGCUAUAGAUAA